UUCAGGCGGGCCUUGAGCUUGCCAGGCAAGCGCUGUGCUGCUAAGUUAUAUCCUCAGCGAAAAACAGUUUUUUAAAAAGUCAAACUGCCUCAGACUUCAGAGCAGAGAAGGAAGAAUAACAUCUGGUAGACUCCAACAAUCAGUGGGGACCGGUGUGAAAGGAAAGGCAGGCUCGUCCCAGUCUGGGGUGUACGGUAUGCACCUGUCUGCUCGAAACCAGAGGAAUUUUUACAGACUCCUUUAGCAAGUGCCACUCCUGCGACUAGGUCAUUGUCAGGGGGUUGCUAAAUGAAGUAGUGUAUAUAGUGUAUCAGUUACAAUAUUCGGAAGAACGAAAUAGUCAGAGGAAAGUCCACGGUGAUGACCUGGCUUUUAUGUGCAUAACUUACAUGCAGCACUGUAAUGUAUAACAGAACAUAAAACCGCAGGACUGUACUGGGCAGUACCAUCAGCAAACAUCACAGUACUGUAUAAGCACGGUGUACGCUACAAAGAAGAUUCUGCAGCUCUACCAACAAGGUGUACAGAACUGUACCUACAAAAAAGGUCCGCAGUAACACCCAGCAGCGCACCUCCGUAGCAAUGCGCAGCGUCUUAUACAGGUAGUUGUUCAACGAAGAAUGUGUGAACUAACAGAAAAGAAAGCUAAGGGAAGAGCGUGCUUUGGAGAGAAGAGGUAAUUUUCCAUUUUGGACCAGGAGAAUCAUGGUUAAAGCCUUGCUCCCUUAUGACGCGCGGGCAAGAGCCGGAGGCCACGGCGGGCUCAGUCUACACACCCCAGGUAACACCAAGCCACCCCUCCGAGCGGCUCCCCGGGAAUCCCACCCGGCCCGGCAGACGCAUGCGCGGGUGGCCCGGAAGCCGGCGGCGCGCUUGCGCAGGCGCGUCAAGACCGCGGCGGGGCGGUGGGGGGCGGUGAGCGCCGAUCACGUGACCCUCUGCGGGCGGCGACGCUGCCGACGCGCCCCUCACGUGGUCCGUCUUCAGCCCCGUCGCCGGCGGAGGCGGGCGCGGGCGCGUCCCUGUGGCCAGUCACCCGGCGGAGUUGGUCGCACAAUUAUGAAAGACUCGAGUUCUGCUGCUAGCGCCGGAGCUGAGUUAGUGCUGAGAGGGUUUCCCUGGGCUGUCCUCGUCCGGCGGCCACUGCUGCCGCCUCCGGAGACGCUUCCCGAUAGAUGGCUGCAGGCCGCGGAGGAGACGGAGGUGGAGUCGCGGCCCUUCCGGAGUCUGCCCCGUGAGGAGGAUGUCCCAGAAAUCCUGGAUAGAAAGCACUUUGACCAAGAGGGAAUGUGUAUAUAUCAUUCCAAGUUCCAAGGACCCUCACAGAUGCCUUCCAGGAUGUCAAAUAUGUCAGCAACUUUAUGUGAGGCUAUCAUACGACACUAAGCCUGAAAUCAUCCUGCAACUUCUGCUUAAAGAAUGGCAGAUGGAAUUACCAAAACUUGUUAUCUCUGUACAUGGAGGAAUGCAGAAAUUUGAACUUCACCCUCGAAUCAAACAGUUGCUUGGGAAGGGUCUUAUUAAAGCUGCAGUUACAACUGGAGCCUGGAUUUUGACUGGGGGAGUAAACACAGGUGUGGCGAAACAUGUUGGCGAUGCCCUCAAAGAACAUGCUUCCAGAUCAUCUCGCAAGAUCUGCACGAUUGGAAUAGCUCCAUGGGGAGUGAUUGAAAACAGAAACGAUCUUGUUGGGAGAGAUGUGGUUGCUCCUUAUCAAACCUUACUGAAUCCCCUGAGCAAAUUGAAUGUGCUCAAUAAUCUCCAUUCUCAUUUCAUAUUGGUGGAUGAUGGCACUGUUGGAAAGUAUGGGGCAGAAGUCAGACUGAGAAGAGAACUUGAGAAAACUAUUAAUCAGCAAAGAAUUCAUGCUAGAAUUGGCCAAGGAGUCCCUGUGGUGGCGCUGGUAUUUGAAGGUGGGCCGAAUGUUAUCCUCACAGUUCUAGAACACUUGCAGGAGAGCCCCCCCGUUCCAGUGGUGGUGUGCGAAGGAACAGGCCGAGCCGCAGAUUUACUUGCAUAUAUUCAUAAACAGACAGAUGAAGGAGGGAAUCUUCCUGAUGCAGCAGAGCCUGAUAUCAUUUCAACCAUCAAGAAAACAUUUAACUUUGGUCAGAGUGAAGCAGUUCAUUUAUUUCAAACAUUGAUGGAGUGCAUGAAAAAAAAGGAACUUAUGACUGUUUUCCAUAUUGGAUCAGAUGAACACCAAGAUAUAGAUGUAGCAAUACUUACUGCACUACUAAAAGGUACUAAUGCAUCUGCCUUUGACCAGCUGAUCCUUACAUUGGCGUGGGAUAGAGUUGAUAUCGCCAAGAAUCAUGUAUUUGUUUAUGGACAGCAGUGGCUGGUUGGAUCCUUAGAACAAGCUAUGCUUGAUGCUCUUGUGAUGGAUAGAGUUGCAUUUGUAAAACUUCUUAUUGAAAAUGGAGUUAGCAUGCAUAAGUUCCUUACCAUUCCAAGACUGGAAGAACUUUAUAACACUAAACAAGGCCCAACUAAUCCAAUGCUACUUCAUCUUGUUCGAGAUGUCAAACAGGGAAAUCUUCCUCCAGGAUAUAAGAUCACGCUGAUUGAUAUAGGACUUGUUAUUGAAUAUCUCAUGGGAGGAACCUACAGAUGCACCUAUACUCGGAAACGUUUCCGAUUAAUAUAUAACAGUCUUGGUGGAAAUAAUCGGAGAUCUGGCCGGAAUACCUCUAGCAGCACUCCACAAUUGCGGAAGAGUCAUGAAUCUUUUGGCAAUAGAGCAGAUAAGAAGGAGAAAAUGAGACAUAAUCAUUUUAUUAAAACAGCACAGCCCUACAGACCAAAGAUUGAUACAGCUGUGGAAGAAGGAAAGAAGAAAAGAACCAAAGAUGAUAUUGUAGACAUUGAUGACCCAGAAACCAAGCGCUUUCCGUAUCCACUGAAUGAACUGCUAAUUUGGGCUUGCCUUAUGAAGAGGCAGGUCAUGGCCCGUUUUCUGUGGCAGCAUGGUGAAGAGUCAAUGGCUAAGGCAUUAGUUGCCUGUAAGAUCUAUCGUUCCAUGGCAUAUGAAGCGAAGCAGAGUGACCUGGUGGACGAUACCUCAGAGGAACUGAAGCAGUAUUCUAAUGAUUUUGGUCAACUAGCAGUUGAAUUGCUAGAACAAUCCUUCAGACAAGAUGAAACCAUGGCUAUGAAAUUACUCACUUAUGAACUGAAAAACUGGAGUAAUUCCACUUGCCUCAAGUUAGCAGUUUCUUCAAGACUCAGACCUUUUGUAGCUCACACGUGUACCCAAAUGUUGUUAUCUGAUAUGUGGAUGGGAAGGCUGAAUAUGAGGAAGAAUUCGUGGUACAAGGUCAUAUUAAGCAUUUUAGUUCCACCUGCUAUAUUAAUGUUAGAAUAUAAAACCAAGGCCGAGAUGUCCCACAUCCCGCAGUCCCAAGACGCUCAUCAGAUGACCAUGGAAGACAGUGAGAACAACUUCCAGAAUGUAACGGAAGAAAUUCCCAUGGAAGUAUUUAAAGAAGUAAAGAUUUUGGACAGUAAUGAAGGAAAGAAUGAAAUGGAAAUACAUAUAAAAUCAAAAAAGCUUCCAAUCACACGCAAGUUUUAUGCCUUUUAUCAUGCACCCAUCGUCAAGUUCUGGUUUAACACGUUGGCGUAUUUAGGAUUUCUGAUGCUUUAUACAUUUGUUGUUCUUGUACAAAUGGAACACUUACCUUCAGUUCAAGAAUGGAUUGUUAUUGCUUACAUUUUUACCUAUGCUAUUGAGAAAGUCCGUGAGAUCUUUAUGUCUGAGGCUGGAAAAAUAAGCCAGAAGAUUAAAGUGUGGUUUAGUGAUUAUUUCAAUAUCACUGAUACAAUUGCCAUAAUUUCUUUCUUCAUUGGAUUUGGACUGAGAUUUGGCGCAAAAUGGAAUUUUGAGAAUGCCUAUGAUAAUCAUGUUUUUGUGGCUGGAAGAUUAAUUUACUGUCUUAACAUAAUAUUUUGGUAUGUGCGUCUGCUAGAUUUUCUAGCUGUAAAUCAGCAGGCAGGACCGUAUGUCAUGAUGAUUGGAAAGAUGGUGGCCAAUAUGUUCUACAUUGUAGUGAUUAUGGCUCUUGUGUUACUUAGUUUUGGUGUUCCCAGAAAGGCAAUACUUUAUCCUCAUGAAGCACCAUCUUGGACCCUUGCUAAAGAUAUAGUUUUUCAUCCAUACUGGAUGAUUUUUGGUGAAGUCUAUGCCUAUGAAAUUGAUGUGUGUGCAAAUGAUUCUGUUGUUCCUAAACUCUGUGGUCCUGGGACGUGGUUGACUCCAUUUCUUCAAGCAGUCUACCUCUUUGUGCAGUAUAUAAUUAUGGUUAAUCUUCUCAUUGCAUUUUUCAACAAUGUUUAUUUACAAGUGAAGGCAAUUUCCAAUAUUGUGUGGAAGUACCAGCGGUACCAUUUUAUUAUGGCAUAUCAUGAGAAACCGGUUCUGCCUCCUCCACUUAUCGUUCUUAGCCAUAUAGUUUCUCUCUUUUGUUGCAUCUGUAAAAGAAGAAAAAAAGAUAAGACUUCUGAUGGACCGAAACUUUACCUAACAGAAGAAGAUCAAAAGAAACUUCAUGAUUUUGAAGAACUGUGUGUUGAGAUGUAUUUUAAUGAAAAAGAUGACAAGUUUCAUUCAGGGAGUGAAGAGAGGAUCCGGGUCACUUUUGAAAGAGUGGAACAGAUGUGCAUUCAGAUUAAAGAAGUUGGAGAUCGAGUGAACUACAUAAAAAGAUCAUUACAGUCAUUAGAUUCUCAAAUUGGCCAUUUGCAAGAUCUUUCAGCUCUGACAGUAGAUACAUUAAAAACUCUUACUGCCCAGAAAGCUUCAGAAGCUAGCAAAAUUCAUAAUGAGAUUACACGAGAAUUGAGUAUUUCUAAACAUUUAGCUCAAAACCUUAUUGAUGAUGGUCCUGUAAGACCUUCUGUAUGGAAAAAGCACAGUGUUGUAAAUACACUUAGCUCUUCUCUUCCUCAAGGUGAUAUUGAAAGUAAUAAUCCUUUUCUUUGUAAUAUUUUUAUCAAAGAUGAAAAAGAUCUGUCAAAUAACAUGUUUGUUGAAAAUUUACCUGUAGUACCCCAGAGAAAAGAAUUCCAUUUUCCAGAGGCUGGUUCCUCUUGUGGUGCCUUAUUCCCAAGUGCUGUUUCUCCUCCAGAGCUGCGACAGAGACGACAUGGGGUAGAAAUCUUAAAGUUAUUUAAUAAAAAUCAAAAAUUAGGCAGUUCACCUAGUAGCACACCACAUCUGUCAUCCCCACCCACCAAAUUAUCUGUUAGUACGCCAUCCCAGCCAAGUUGCAGAAGCCACUUGGAAACUGUGACCAAAGGUCAGGAAGCUGUUUGCUGUAAAGCUACACAAGGAGAUAAUGUGGAGUUUGGAGCAUUUGUAGGGCACAGGGAUAGCAUGGAUUUGCAAAGGCUUAAAGAAACAUCAAAUAAAAUAAGAGAGCUGUUACCUGAUCUGCAGAAUGAUGUGAGAAACAUGAUUAUGGAAUAUUCAGAGAUGCCUAAAUAUCAGAAUGACCCUUCUGAAGACCCUUUGAACCACUUGAGCUCUUAUGCUGGGUUUGCCAAGUUUCACAAGACUCCCCUUUCUCAUCAUUCAGAACAAGCCGAAAGCAGCAGUAGAAGACCAUCUGUAGAAGAUGCUCAUGAAGUAGAUUCCAAGGCAGCAUUGCUACCGGAUUGGCUACAGGAUAGACCAUCAAACAGAGAACUGCCUUCUGCAGAAGAAUCAUUAAAUGGUCUCGCUUCUCCAUUUAAGCCAGUGAUGGAUACAAAUUACCACUAUUCAGCUGUGGAAAGAAAUAACUUGAUGAGAUUAUCGCAGAGCAUUCCAUUCACACCUGUGCCUCCAAGAGGUGAGCCUGUCACCGUGUACCGCUUGGAAGAGAGCUCUCCCAGCAUACUGCAUAACAGCAUGUCUUCCUGGUCACAGCUGGGUCUCUGUGCCAAGAUAGAGUUUUUAAGUAAAGAGGAGAUGGGAGGCGGCUUGCGGAGAGCUGUCAAAGUGCAGUGCACGUGGUCAGAACACGAUAUCCUUAAAUCAGGGCAUCUGUAUAUCAUCAAGUCUUUUCUUCCUGAGGUGGUGAACACAUGGUCAAGUAUUUAUCGAGAAGAUACAGUUCUGCAUCUCUGUCUCAGAGAAAUUCAGCAACAGAGAGCAGCCCAGAAGCUCACAUUUGCCUUCAAUCAAAUGAAACCCAAAUCCAUACCAUAUUCACCAAGGUUCCUUGAAGUUUUCCUGCUGUAUUGCCAUUCAGCAGGACAGUGGUUUGCUGUGGAAGAAUGCAUGACUGGAGAAUUUAGAAAAUACAACAAUAACAAUGGUGACGAGAUUAUUCCAACUAAUACACUAGAAGAGAUGAUGCUAGCCUUUAGCCACUGGACUUAUGAAUAUACCAGGGGCGAGCUGCUGGUACUCGAUUUACAAGGUGUCGGUGAAAACUUGACUGACCCAUCCGUGAUAAAAGCAGAAGAAAAGAGAUCCUGUGAUAUGGUUUUUGGCCCAGCAAAUCUAGGAGAAGAUGCAAUAAAAAACUUCAGAGCCAAGCAUCACUGUAAUUCUUGCUGUCGAAAACUUAAGCUUCCAGAUCUGAAGAGGAAUGACUAUACGCCCGAUAAAAUGGUAUUUCCUCAGGAUGAGCCUUCAGAUUUGAAUCUUCAGCCUGGAAAUUCUACCAAAGAAUCAGAGUCAACUAAUUCUGUUCGUCUCAUGCUGUGAUAUUGCUGAAUCAUUGGUUUUGCUACACCUUACAAACACGUUUUUGUGUCACUCUGCCUUCAAGAGGAAAUGGUUAAUGGAGAAAGGUGUACACAUACUGAAUUUGCUGGCCCCAGCAUGGUUUAAAGGCCAAUACUGUUUUGGCAUAAUCGGACUUGUCAGUUAAAAACUUCCUAUAGGAUAUAGCUGACAACUGAAAAUUUUGAAAGUAAUGGAACAUUAGUAUUUAUAACUUUUCAAAGGGCUCCUUAAAAGCAGAUCUGAUGAGGGCGUGCGUCCCUCUUACAUGGUGCAAUACCAUUAACCAAAGCUCGAUGUCUGUGCACGUCUUACUGGCGGCUGGUUCCUGGCCACUCAGCAGGAGAAUUGAAGAACUGACACAGCCUUUGGUUACAUGGCAGUCUGAAGUCUUCCGAGUGUGCUCAGGUCGCUGUCGCUCACCGCUGGAGCCAUUGGCACUGGCAGAGGAGGUGUCUCCCGAUGGCUCCAGCUAGGUGACCACAGGGGCCUGUGCGAGGCACAUUCUCUGCUAGGGCCUUGACUUACAAAUCAGGGUUAGGCUCCAAAUGGAAAAGCAGGGCCCGUUUUUGUUAAGAGCUCAAAUUGUGCAAAGUAUCAGAUUUUAUUUUGUUAAACCUUGUUUUAUCAAAUCACUUGUUAAGCAGAAGAAAGUCAUGGCGAGAGGAAAAUUGAACUCCUGCUGAGAGGCGUCUCCUGGGAGUCUCGGACCUUCUCCCGUGGGCCGACCUCCAAACUGCGAGCUGCUACUUUCCCAAAGAUUGUAGGGACGCAUAUCAGUCAGACCAUGGAUACGAGCGCUUGCUUAUACUUAGGGUUGUGUAGGGCUGUCUGAACGUGGAUGUUGUUUGUGGUACUUAUUUAAGGACUAAAUUGAGUUGGAUCAUUGAUGUCUGGAGACCGCAGUGCAACUUUAGACCAAUAAAAUGUAAUUUAAUUGCCCCUAUUUCUGAAUAUUCAAGAAAAUGUUUCAUCUGCUUCUUUUCAUGUUGUUCUGUUUCCUAGGUACCAUUUUCAUUUGGAAGGGAGCAGCUAAAGCUUAUUUGUAUUCAGUAGUGUAUCUCAUAGAUACAGACAAAGCAAGAGAAUAAGCUGUUUAAAUAGUGUUUAAUACUGACAUGGGGAGAGAAAAAGUGUAUUACUAAAGAUAUACUAUAUACAUUUUGUAUAUCAUUAAAUCUUUAAAACAGAUUAAAUAAAUUUAUUCUUGUUUAC